GUUUUCUCAUUCUUUUACUUCAACAUCCUACUAGUUGGUUAGGCUAACGCCUGUGAUAUGUCACUCAAGAAGCGAACGUCCCCGAACAAGGUUCUAGAUGAGUCGCAAAUUCUGAUCUCAACGAAGCAGUAUGAUAUUGAGCUUAUUUACCACGCUAAUCUCUCGCAAAUGAAGAUUGUCUCGUUAGGGUCAGCUUUCCGACGCUGCCAUGCACUUACCGUCCUGGAUCUCAGCCAAAACAAACUUCCCUCGCUCAAUGGGAUUCAGGCUGUGGCUUCUACUCUAGUUUUAUUAAAUGCGUCGGAAAAUUGCAUUCAAAACCUGACCCACCUUUGUGGGUUUGGUCGAUUGGAGCGUCUUUGGCUCGAAGGGAACCAACUCAGCGAUAGAAGUUCAAUCGCCCCACUGGCUGAACUGAAGACCCUAAAAGAGUUAUGGCUGCAGAGGAAUGCCCAAAUGGGGUUGUCGUCAGACGAUACCUCUUGCGUGAUGAUCGACAACCCAAUCUGCUUGGAUUCCAAGGCCUACAGUCUUGUAUGCCGCGAACUGCUUUCCCACGUCCAUUCGCUUGAUGGAAUCAUUUAUCGACAAGAUGUAGGGGAGGCUACCGCCGCUUUGGACAAGGUUACCUCAAUAGAUGAGUGCGUAGCGAGUUUUAAGAAGGCUUGCGAGUCGAUUAAGACGGAGGCACUUCGAGAAACUAAUGAGGAAUCUCAUCUGCUACGGCUUCUAAAGGCUGGUUCGAUCUGAAGUCGUUAAUCCCUUUAAAAUUCAUUACUAGGGGGAGUGUAUAGUCUUACGAGUUUGCUUUUCGAAUCUACAUUAAGUAAAUAGAUCGUUUGUUUAUCCAACAAGAACACACAUACAAAAAAAAAAAAGGAAAAAGUGGCGUGAUGCCUACCGAAACUAGA